CCGGGCACAGGGAACCGGGACGGGCCCGCACGGUGACAGGAUGGGCCCGGAGGACGGGAACCAUCGCCAGGGAAUGAGGGAAGGGACGGGUGCCAGGGCGUGGGGAUCAGGCUGAGCCCACGGUGACAGGGACAAGCUCUGAGGAAUGGGGACGGGGACAUGCCAGCUCUGGGUAGCGGGGAUGGGGUGACAGGGAUGGGCUCACGGUAAUGAGGAUGAGUCCCAGGGAACAGGGAUGCCCUCAGUGACAGGGAUGGGGUGUAGGUAAUGGGGACAAGCCCCGGUUAACAGGGACAUGCCAGCGGUGACAAACGGGGACCCGGCUAACGGGAAUGUGCCAAAGAUGGACAGAGAUGUGUCCCAGCUCACAGGGAUGUGCCCAGGGUGUCAGGGACAGGCUGCAUGCGACAGAGAUGUGCCCAAAGCAAUGGGAAGGUGCCCCAGGUGACCGUGUGGGAUGUGCUGUUGGCUCUCAGGAGCUGCACGGAGCCAGGUGGACACGGCUCCUCUGGUGCUUGUGCCUGUCCCCAGGAAAGAGGGUGGGCAGAACACCUGCCCCAAGUGUUUCAGCCGUGUUGGGCCCUGCUGGGGUGAUGUGGGAUGGUGCCACCUGUCCCGCUCCCACCCUGAGGGGUCACUGCUCACCUGGCUGCCGGGAUGGAUCCUGGCAAUCUGCCGCUGGUCUGGGGAGGAACAGCUGAGCCUUGCUGCGAUGUCCGGGAAUGUCUGCCGUGUCCAGAGGAGCUCUGGACCCCCAGGGGCUCGGGGAGGGGCUCAGUGGGGACCCCCAGGUGGAGCCUCCUGUACUUCCAGGUGCCAGCAGCGGGUGAGGGUGAGGCGGGUGCUCUGCUGGAGCAGGAGCUGGGGGACCUGGACAGCCGGGAGCUCCGUGGGAUCGCCAGGAAGGGGAAUUACGAGGCCAUGGUCCCUCUCGGGUCGGAAGAUGCUGGUUCCAAACCUGCACUGCUGCCACCAGCCGAGGACAGGGAGGAUCCAGGGAGCCCCGGGCUGCCGGAGAAGGGAGCGGUGCCAGGACAGCUUGGUGACAGUGAGAUGGUUGUGAUCAAGACGGAAGAGCAGCAGCCGCAGGAGGACGGAGCUGAGCUGCUGGCACUGCCCAUGGUGCCCGCGGUCAGGCUGGACGAGGAGCUUCCCCUCAGCCAGGAGCAGCCGCUUUCCUGGGAGAGCCACGGCGCGGCCGGGCCGAAGGCGGCCGGAGCGGGCCUGGGGGAAUUCUGCCUGGGGGAAUUCAAGCCGGUGGUGGUGCCGGUGGAGGCUCACCCUGCCCCAGGCCUGCCCUUCCCCACGGAGCACGCGCUGGGCACGGCGGGCACGGAGCAGCCUUUCGCCCUCGCCCAGGGAAUGCCGCUGGGAGAAGACCCCGCGGCCGAGGUGGCCUCGCCGCAGCCCGGCUGGGAGCAGCAGAGUCCCCAGGACGAUCCCGGGGCGCUGCCGCCGGGCUGGAAGAGCGUCCGGCUGACACGGAACCUCCUGGCGCGGCAGCAGAGCCGGGCGAGGAAGAGCAACGGCUCCUUCAUCUGCACGUCCUGCGGGAAGAGCCUGGCGCACCACGCGGCGCUGCUGCGGCACCAGCGCCUGCACACGGGCGAGCGGCCCUUCCAGUGCCCGGCCUGCGGCAAGAGCUUCAACGAGAAGUCCAACCUCAACAAGCACUACCGCAUCCACACCGGCGAGCGGCCGUACCGCUGCCCCAAAACGUCGCUGGAGGAGCACCAGCGCCGGCACACCCAGCAGCGCCCCUUCCAGUGCCACGGCUGCACCAAGAGCUUCCGGCACCGGCAGUCGCUGAACCACCAUCAGAAGGUGCACGCCGUGGCCGCCUCUCCGGCCGGCAGCUUGCCAGGACACGAGGCAGAGCUGGAGCCCUGCGAGGCUCUGAGCCAGGAUAAUCGGUAG